CAAGAUGGUCCUGGACCUCCACCUUAAGGACAACAAGAGGACAGUCUUCUCCGAGAAGGACUUCAAGUGUGUGCGUGCUGAACUAAAGGAAGCCUGUCGAAUGGGACUCAUGUCGCAACGAACGGUGACGGAGACAAGAAUGAGGAUGGGCAAGAAAGCAGAGAGGACAGAGAUACAGUUCUACCACAAACUGGCUCAGGAGCACAUCGCCAGCAGCUACCUGGUAUCUCUCCCGCCUGAAACGCUGGAAGAGACACUAUCCAAGAUCAAGGACUACAAAGGCAUACACAUGUAUGAGAACCUCCUGCGUUUUACAUGCGGGUUAGGUGCAGUGUCCUGCGCACAGGUUCUGCAGCACCUCCUAGGCCAACUGUGGGUGGACCAACCCCUCCCGCCGAACAAGAACGCAACCUUCCGCUUGGCUCUGGACUUCUUGAACGAAUGUCCUGAGGUCAGUGAUGCCAUCAAGGUUCACCUAGAGACAAUGUUCCAGGAGAAGUACCUAUGUCUGUAUGCUGCUACUCCAAGUGCGAUACAAGGACUCCAGAAGCUUCCCCAGAGCAUUAAGAACAAGAUCAGAAUGAUGAGAUUCCAGUCGUCAGAAAUGUCGGAGAGCAGUUGUCUGGAGUUCAUCAAAGUCCUCCCGUCGUUCCGUGAGUUACAGCACUUAGGUCUGCGUGGUGUGAAUGCCUCUGAGCCCUCACUUGUAUCUAUCGUGGAGUCAGCCAGGAGAGGGAUGAAGGUCAAGGGUGUGCUAUUCAGGUUCUGCUGCACAAGUAAAGGUGGCGCAUUGUCCAAGUACCUUGAGGAGAAUAAUGUAGCCGAGAGCUCACCAAACAGAAUGAGAGUCUUGGUGCACAAUGAAAAUGAGUCUGAUGGAACAUUUUACGUUCCCCGCACUACUUGAAUGCCUAGGAGCUCCUCAUCGAUGGUUCUCUGGUAUCUGGACCCCUUGUGCAGAUCGGAUGAACGCAAUACAGGGCUUCAUCAGCAAGAGGCCACCGUCUGAAGAUAUCAAAACAAAGAUGCUCAACGAAUAUUAGGCAAGAUGCAUUCC